AUGAAGCUCCUCUUUGCAACUACACUAUUCUUGGCUUCGGUCAUGGCCAUGCCUAGUCAACUGGCAGCCGCUCCUGAUGCUACUACUGAGAUAGGAUAUGUUGAAGGAGCUAGAAGCGGGCCUCAAAAUGACGAGAGCAAGAGAGAUCUCGUGAAAGAGAGUAGAGAGGCGGCGAAUGAAUUCUGUUCAGGAAUCUAUGGAUAUUGCUCCGAUACCGUCAAGUGCUGCGAUAGCCGUAUCUGCACACGUUGCGUAGGGGAUACUGCCCCGAUAAACAUUUGCCAUCCUGCUCAAUGUGCAGCCUUUCGAGCUUAA